CAAAAGUUUCGAAGCAAAUGUUGCUGUCACACAAAUAGUUAAAUAAUUCGUUGCGUCGACAGUUAGCUAAAUCACGUGAUUUGAUACAUCGAUAAACAUUUCUAACUUUACUCUGUACUACACGCAGGGUUGACUUCUGUCUGUUCAGAGCUUCAGGAUGUCUCUGACAAUGUCUCAGGGUGACGGGGUGACUGUUAUCACUGUUACCACAAACCCAAAGAGUAAAUGGCCCAUUCUGUGUCAGAUUCUGGGUACUGUGUGUUACAGUCCAGUGUGUUCUGUAGCUCACAAUAUGAAAGGAAAACUGACAGAAACUCUGACAGCUCUUGGGAUUGUACAGAUGAUCGUGGGAAUCAUAAAUAUCACAAUGGGGAUUUUUCUUGUAAGCAUCUAUUGGUACUCUAGCAUCCUUCAGGACUUAAGAGCACCUUUUUGGCUCGGUGGUAUGUUUCUUGCAGUUGGAAUCGUGUGUAUUCUUGCUGCAAAGUUUCCCAGUCCUUGUGUGUUGGUCAUCGCAGUGAUUUUGAACAUAGUCAGUGCUGCGCUGGCGAUCACAGCUGUUGUGUUGCAUUCAGUGGAGCUGGCAGCAAAGCUCUAUCCAUCCUGCGGUUACAAUAAUUAUUCACCUUAUGAGGAUUAUAUAACAGCAUCCCCUGAACAGAGGAAGGAUCAGGAAAUUUGUCUGUACUACAAACAUCUCAAUCAGGUGAUCUUGAGAGGUGUUAAUAUCAUGAUGAUAGUUUUGGCAGUUCUUCAGCUCUCCGUAACCAUCAGCUUCAGUGUCGUGACUUUAAAAGCUUUGUGCAAAAAGAGCGAAGAUGCACAGUCUGUGGAGGACCCUCAACUUUACAAGCCUCUCAUGGAGGACGCUACUUCUAAUCCUGCAUGCUAGAGAAACACAAUGAACAUGGAUGAAAACACUACAGGUUAAAGGUUUUGAGGUGGAUUAUUUACAGCAGAGCUGCAUUUUGAGCACCGAUCUCUUGCACAUAUGUUACAGAUAGCACCUUUAUAGUAUUUUCACAUUGUAGAAUAAUUUUAAUAUUGAUGAGUUAAAUUUGUUUUCGGCUUUCACAGCUGACUCUAAAUAAAUGUAGUUUUUGCUUAUGACAAGUUUAUUUUUUAUAUACUGUAAAAUUGAAUCUUGCCUGUAUGUGGCCUGAUAUGGUAUUAAUAUAGCUUUCAUCUUACAUGUAAAGAUUAUUUCAGAAACAAAAUGGCAUUCUUUUGAUAUGACACAUUUGGCCACUAGGUGGCGACAGGAUAUUAUAGUUACCAUUGAGGAAGCAUAACUAGACACCCAGUCAAUGUCGGAGGAUAAAUGUCUAGUGUUUAAUUUAAUUAACCAAACAAAAGCUUAACAUAAACAUUUUGAAAAGGUAAAACUUCCACCAUAGCCCAUUCGAUAUGAAAACCAAUAAGAUUUGAUACAAAUUGAUCAACUUUAAACUCUGUUACUGUUCUCAUUUACACAUUUCUCUUUGUUGUUUAAUUUGAUGUUUUUAAAUUUAAGUCUUUGUUUAUGCUUGGGCUCAUGACUAUAACUGUCUGCCCUCACCUGCCUUCAGGUGACCAAAAUGGCAGACCAAAUGAUGAGACCAAAAAACAAGAAAUCCUUUACCGCAACUAAAACAUGUAAUGUGCAUCUAUUUGAAUUUUUAAUUUACAUUGUGUAAUAAUGUUACUAUAUUUGCAUAUUACCACAAAUUAUACAGACAGUCAUUAUCUUAAAAUAAACCUCAACAUAAAGCACUUA